AUGUAAAAUAAAAAUGGUCCUCCUUCUAGACUAAAAAAAGAAAGCUUAAGUUAAUCAACAAAAUUGCUCACAACUUCAACCGUUAAGAAAUAACAGUAAUUUAUUAUUUAAUUUUAGAGCUACAUAAGUUUAAAAAGUAAAUGAACUUCAUUAAAAGAAGAUUGGUAACACAGAUCCAAUUAUUGAUAAAAUUACUGACUCAGCAUAAAUUACCAAAGUUACAAGGACAACAACAAAAUCAAUCACAUCAAAAAUUGAUGAUGGAAAACUUAAACAAUUACAAAUAAUAAAGCAAGAUCCUAUUAUUAAUAAGAAUUAAAAAAAAUAAAGUUUGAAACCAGGUAAAUUGUAAGAUAAAUAAAAAUUGGAAUAAUAAAAAGAAAUUGAACAAUCUUAAAGUAUAGAAGGAGAAGAAAUUAUACAUGUUUAAAAUUUAUCAAUAUAAAAUCAAUUUGAUAAAGCCGAAGAAAAUACUUGUUCAAAUUUGGAUUAAGAAAUGAUUUUAGAUAGUUAUAAUUAAUAGAAAAUUGAUAUAAAUAAUUAGCAAGGUAUAUUAAAUAAAGAAUUAUUUGAAAAUAAAAAUUAACUAAAUUAAUUAUAGAUUGAAAAUGCAAAUAAUUCAAUUAAUCCACAUCCAAAUAGUGAAUAUUUAUUUUUAGUUAAAGAUAAUGCAAAUCAAAAUGAUUAUUCAAAAUCUUAUUUAUAAGAGAAUUUAAUAGGAUAUGAUAAAAAUUUCAAUUAAAAUACAAAUUAAGAUUUGUAAAAAGAAAAAUAACAAGAAGAAGCUAAUGAUCUAAUUCUAUAAAAUAAAGAUGAAAUCAAAAUAGAUGAAAAAAAAGAUAAUACAAAAUUAAUUAUUAAUGAUUAGUAAGCAUAAUAAAUCUAAUAAUUUUAGAUAAUACAAAAUUAAAAUUAAGAAAAAGAUCAGAAUAAAAAAAUAGAAUAAUAAUAGUAGGAAGUUCAACAGGAAGAUAAUUAUGUAAAAAAAUAAAUAUAGAUCAUAAAUGAAGAAGAAAAUAAAAAUUAAACUUUCAAUGUAAAAUAAUGUUUCAGUGAAUAAUUGAAAGAUUAAAUAUUAGGGACGAAUGAAUCCGGUGAUUAAGGUUAAUAAUAAAUUGGAUCACAAAAUAAAAAUAUAUUUGAAAAUACUAAUAAUUAAUAAACUUAUUAAGAAGAAUUACAAUAGAAUGUAAUAAAAUAAGUGGAUAUAAAGAAAAAAAAUGAAAAAAUAGAAGUAGAACAAUUAAAUGAGAAGAAUGCCGAUAAUUUUGAUUAAAAUGAUAAAUUAACAAAGGAAAAUCAAGAAAAAAAUGAAAAAAUAGAUUAAGAUAAACUAUAUUAGAUAACAUAAAAUAAUAAUUUAAGUUAAUAAAAUUAAAAACAGAAAUAAGCUAAUUAAGAAAAAUAAGAAUAAACUUAUUUACAAAAUUCAGAAUAGAAAUUUAUAAAUUAAAUAAAUGAAAGCAAUUAUGGUAUUUAAAAAGAUGAUGAUUAAUACUUUGAAUAAAAGCAAGUACUUGAAGUAAAUGAGGGAGAUCAAGAAUAAGUAAAUUUAUCAUAAGUUAAAAAAAAUUAAAAUAAAAUUUAAAAUGAUAAUUUUUAUUAAGAUUAAGAAUAAAUAGAAGUAUAUUAAAAAUAUUAAGAAAAUAAAGAUUUAUUAAGCAAAGAUAUUGAAAUUUUAAAUUUUAUAAGAGGAAAUUAAUAUUAAAUAUUAACAGAUGAUUUUAAAAAUAACUCAGUGUCAACGUAUGAUAAAAUAUUGACCUCUGAAUUUAAUCAAGAGUAGCCUAACCAAUAGUUUUUAAAAGUUUAGAGAAUUUCAGAUUAAUAAUCAAAUAAUAACAAUUUAUAAAUUGAAUAAAUAUAAUCAAUAAACUUAGAAUAAACUGUUUUAUAAAAUCAAUAAGAAAACUAAAAUUUAUAAUUAGAUACGGUAGAUUAUGAGAAAAAUUAAAUUAUAAGAGUAAUACAACCAAUAAUUGAAAAUUAAAAAAAUAUAUAAAAAGAAAAUGAUUAAUUAUAUAAAAUAGAUAAAAUUUACUAGGUCAUUAUUUAACCCGAUUAAGAUGAUAAUUCAACCAAAGUAAAAAUAUAAGAAUAAAAUUAAUAAUAAACUUUAUUAAAAUAUGAAAAUCCUAUCUGUUUAGGUGGAGAUUUUUAAGAAACUGGAAAAGAUAAGCAAAAUACUACUAUUAUAAACUUUAAUUUUAAUAAUUAAGAUAAUAAUGAAAAAAUAAAUGAAUAAGAAGAUUCUUAAUCAGAAAAAAGUAGUAAUAGACUUAAAAAUUAUAAUGAUACUGAAGAUUAGAAUUAAACGCAAGAUAUGAUUGAUUAAUCUUAGUAUUUUUAGGACGAUAAAAUAGAUUUAUUAUAUUUGAAUCAAAAUUAUAUAAAUGAUUAACAGAAUGAACAUAAUUUAGAGCAAGAGGAAUAAAAAAGUGAAAAAAAUUAAAAAAUAUAAAUUAGUAUAUAAAUCCAUUAAGAUGAGAAUUAAAUAGAGACGAAAUAAUAAAAUAAUUUACAAUCAAUAAAUAUACAGGAUAAGUAAUAAAAAAAAAAAACAAAUUUUUUUUGUAAAUGUUGUCAAUUAAUCUGA